GUGCCCGCCCGGCCGCCAGCCUGCGCCGGUUGGCUCCUUCGACGCCGCUGGGAGAUUCCCGUCCCGCCGCUCCUGCCAGGCCUGCCGCUGCGGGACCCGCCAUGGACGAUACUCUGUUCCAGUUGAAGUUCACAGCGAAGCAGCUGGAGAAGCUAGCCAAGAAGGCGGAGAAGGACUCCAAGGCGGAGCAGGCCAAGGUGAAGAAGGCCCUUCAGCAGAAGAACGUGGAGUGUGCGCGGGUGUACGCCGAGAACGCCAUUCGCAAGAAGAAUGAGGGUGUGAACUGGCUGCGCAUGGCGUCCCGCGUGGAUGCGGUGGCCUCCAAGGUGCAGACGGCCGUGACCAUGAAGGGGGUGACGAAGAACAUGGCACAGGUGACCAAAGCCCUGGACCGCGCGCUCAGCACCAUGGACCUGCAGAAGGUCUCUGCGGUGAUGGAUAAGUUUGAGCAGCAGGUGCAGAACCUGGACGUGCACACGGCGGUGAUGGAGGACUCCAUGAGCUCGGCCACCACGCUGACCACGCCGCAGGAGCAGGUGGACAGCCUCAUCAUGCAGAUCGCUGAGGAGAACGGCCUGGAGGUCCUGGACCAGCUCAGCCAGCUGCCCGAGGGCGCCUCCGCCGUGGGCGAGAGCUCCGUGCGCAGCCAGGAGGACCAGCUGUCUCGGAGGUUGGCUGCCCUGAGGAACUAGCGGAGCCCGGCGACACCGCCUCGCAGGAAGGGCAGGGCAGGACGCCUGCGCCCCCUCCCCCGUCUUGCUUCCUGCCCACCGUGGGGCAGCAGCUGUCAGCCUGGCUGCUCUCAGCCCCUCAUCUGCCAGGUCUGGGGACUCUUCCUCCUCUCAGCGCGGGUGUGGGUCUGUGUCCUGGUGGGAGACUUUGCACAAGCCGCACACUCUGGGUAACUUCUGUGACUCUGGGCCAACCAGCUGGGGGAUCCGCAGGCACCGUUCACGCGCCUUCCUCCAAGGAGUUGACUGGCUCUGGCCGGUGGCGGCGGCCACACGGCUGUGGGGGUCUCCAGGCUCCACGUGAUGGCAGGUGUGCCAGGAGCGCCGGCCAGUGGGGUCGGGGCUGCUGUUCGCUGCCCUGCACCCAGGAGGCCCCGCUGCAGCUGAACCUUGCUCCUGCCAGCGGGACAGGCCCAUGUGGGCUCCGCAGAACAGAUGCCCUGGGGGUCACGCUGAGGUUCUGGUGGGCUUGGCCCUGCAGGGUGUUCUCUCGGAAGCCAGAGUCUGCACCACGGCCCCUCCCAGCCAAGGAGCAGGCGGCCCCUGGGUGCCAGAGGCUGCUCGUCCCUGUCUCCUCACUGUAAAUACGCUUGUGCCCCGCCUGCCUCCCGCCGCCUCCUGGGCUUUCGCCGUGACCCAAAGCGCAAGGGCUGGUGGGAGAGCCACCUCUUGGGGCUGGCGGGGCGGCCUGAGGAGCUUCGGACAGGCUGCAGUUUUCUGUUUUCUCCAAUUCCUGAUGUUUACUUGGUUUUCCCGAAGCUUCCAGGGGUUUUUUUUGGGGGGGGGGCGGGGGUUGCCAAAAGAGGGAGCUUGUCGCCGACGGGGAGCGCCAGGGUGGCCCCUCGCUGGUCGGUGCUGACCAGGGCCCCCCCGCCCAGUCUGUGCACAGCAGUGGCUCGUGUGGACAGAGACGGGCGAGCGCUCUGCCCAGCUCCCUGCGUUCGAGCCUUCCUGCACGCGGGGCCCCUGGCAUUCCGGGCGGUAGGUCGCUCUGGACUGUGGCGCGAGGCCAGAGAAUUGGGGUCGGCGAGCCUUCUGCCUUCUCUUCCUUGGUGCCGACCUCACCUUACUCCCUGGCCGGCGUCCCUUGGGGCCCCCACAGGCCGGGGGCUCAGGGACGGCCCCGACUCUGUCCCCAGCGGAGCAGAGCUCCACGGAGACACCGGGUGGGGGUGGAGGCCACGCCUCAUCUGAGGACAGUGGGCAGUUUGCCUUUUCGUGAGAUGCUGUCGUGAGUAAACGGGCUGCUCCCGA